AAGGUAAUUGGGGCCCACAAUACCCAAAAAUAAAAACCAAAAGCAGUCAUGGAAUCGCCACCGUCCAAAUUUGGAUCAUACGGCCCGUGUUGCUCCAGGAUCCAGAACCCCAUCGCCUUAUCCACUACCUCCCCUCCCAAUUCCCAAACCGAAAGCAUCAGCGUGUUCGCUCCCCGCGCGCCACCAGUCCACCGUCGCCGCAUCCUCCCGCCGGCCACUCCAAUGGAGGCCGUCCUACGACAUCCAUCGCUGUCCCGCCUCAAGCCUCCGAACCCGAACCCUCACAGGACGCCACCGCCAUCCCUCGCCUCCCCUUCUCUCCUCCGCCUCCGCGAGCGCCGGCUCACCGUCGCCGCGGUGUUCCAGGACCAGAAACCGAGAGAGCCAGCGAGCAAGGGGGGCGACGACGAGGAGGCGUACGGCGAGGUGGACCGCAUCGUCUCCAGCCGCACGAUCAAGAACCCGGUGUUCGCGGAGGACGGGUCGGCCACCACGUCCGUCGCCACGGAGUACCUCGUGGAGUGGAAGGACGGGCACGAGCCAUCCUGGAUCCCCGCGGAGGCCAUCGCCGCGGACGUCGUGGCGGAGUACGAGACGCCGUGGUGGACGGCGGCCAAGAAGGCGGACGCCGAAGCGCUGGCCGCGCUGCUCGCGGACGAGACGCUGCAGCGGGACCCGGACGCCGAGGACGCGCAGGGGCGCACCGCGAUGCACUUCGCCGCGGGCCUGGGCUCCGAGGAGUGCCUGCGUGCGCUCGCCGCCGCCGGGGCGGACGUGGGGCACCAGGAGCGUGCCGGCGGCGGGCUGACGCCGCUGCACAUCGCGGUGGGGUACGGCCGCGCCGUGGCCGUGCGCACGCUGCUGGAGCUCGGCGCCGACCCGGAGGCCCCCGACGGGCAGGGCCGGACGCCGCUGGAGCUGGUCCAACAGGUACUCGAGAAGACGCCUAAGGGCAACCCUGCGGCGUUCCAGCUCCGGCAGGGGCUGGAGGCGGCGGAGAAGGAGCUGGAGAAAGCCGUGUACGAGUGGGCCGAGGUGGAGAAGGUGAUCGACGGCCGCGGCGAAGGCAAGUGGCGGGAGUACCUGGUGGAGUGGCGCGACGGCGGCGAGAGGGAGUGGGUGAGGGCGCCGUGGGUGGCGGAGGACCUGGUGAGCGACUUCGAGGCCGGGCUGGAGUACGCCGUGGCGGAGGCCGUGGUGGACAAGAGGCCGGCGGCGGCGGAGGGCGGAGAGGAGAAAUGGGAGUACCUUGUCAAGUGGGUGGACAUUGAGGAGGCGACGUGGGAGCCUGCCGAGAACGUGGACGACGAGCUCGUGCAGGAGUUUGAGCUGAGGCAAUCAGGAUCCGCUGGUGGCGAUGGCAGCGCCACUGCUCCAUGAAGGUGGCCGCGUUUGCCUUCUUCUGAUGCUUGGAUCGAAUCCAGUGUUCAAAGUGGUGCCCAGGCAAUUCAUGUAUCAAUAGCAAUUUGAAUUUUGUAGUAGGACGGAACCUUUUUGUGAGUACCAUAAUUCGACCGAGAUUAGCAAUUUCAGCGGAUUUCAUCCAUGCUCACUCGGAAAUGAUUACCUUUUAAAUUC